GGGUUCCGUCGAGGCCGUAUCCCCGGGAUUCCAGAGUCGCCGGAAGUAGAAGCCGUCCGUUCCGCCGGAAGCAUGGCACCGAACCCCCGCGUUUUCUUCGACAUGAGUGUCGGCGGAGCUCCCGCUGGUCGGAUUGUCAUGGAACUCUUUGCCGACGUAACCCCUCGCACGGCCGAGAACUUCCGCGCCCUCUGCACCGGCGAGAAGGGAGUCGGCCGCUCCGGCAAGCCCUUGCACUUCAAGGGCUCCAUCUUCCACCGUGUUAUCCCUAACUUUAUGUGCCAGGGCGGCGAUUUCACCGCUGGAAACGGCACCGGCGGCGAGUCGAUCUACGGCUCGAAAUUCGCUGAUGAGAAUUUCAUUAAGAAGCACGUGGGUCCCGGCGUGCUGUCCAUGGCGAACGCCGGCCCUGGCACCAACGGGUCGCAGUUCUUCAUCUGCACCGCCAAGACCGAGUGGCUCGACGGCAAGCACGUCGUCUUCGGCCAGGUCGUGCAGGGGAUGGACGUCGUCCGCGCCGUCGAGAAGGUUGGGUCUUCCUCCGGCCGAACUUCCAGGGCCGUCGUUAUUGCCGAUUGCGGCCAGCUCUGAGGCCGACGCCUGACGCCUGCUAUCUCCAAUGUUAGACCCGAUCGAUCCUAUCUUUCCUUCUUCCUUUUCCUCAUUCUCAUGUGUGCCUUCUUUCUUCUUCCUGGUCGUUUCUUUUCCUACCUUUACUAGGUCUAUGGUUUCACUUUCCAAUGUCAGUUGGUCUUUAUGAGGUCGAUUGCAGUGACAAUGGCUGUGGAUUUAUGUAGCUUUCUAAAUCAAAUGAUAUGGAUUUUAUGAUAGUUGAA